UUUUCUGUAACGAUUAUUUAAAAUUUUCAUAUUUUGAUGGUAGUCUAAUCAGUAUAAUAAUAUAUUAGCAUUUAUAUUUUUCAGCAAUAUAUAUUAUGAAACAUAGAAUUAAUAAGUGCGAAUGAAUCACGAAAUCCUGCGUUUGUCAAUUACAUAUUUUGAAUUUAAUAGAAUUAAUUUCACAGAAUUGAAAAUGAGACAUUGAAAAACAAUGUGAUAAUUAAACGCCUCUACCAUAAUGUUCAAAUGGUCUGUAGACAUUAGAAUAUUUUCAUAAAGGCAACUGUCGUUUGUCAUGGUAUCAUUAUACCACAUGUGUAUCUAGGAUUGACUCUAUAAAAUACUGGACAAGAUAUACUAUUAUCUUCUAGUAUCUUCACAGGAAGAUAAAGCACCUGUUUAUCUUCCCUUAAGAAAUACCUCUCUGUAAAAUGGUACUUGCAAACCUUUUUGUACUAUGGGUCUGAUGGCCUUCAUUAUGUAGGAAAGCGCGCGACAGCAUGUUCUCGUUUCCAAAGCUUUGUUGUUGAGGCCUUAGUGAUGUAAACAGUCUAAAAAUAAUAAUACGUCAUUACAUUUUUAUUGCACAAGUGACAGGUGCGUUUGGCGGGACAUCAUUAUGACACAAUCAGUGGCAGGGAAUGUGGACACACAAGAAAAUACUUUCAACGUUAAAUUUGUUAAAUCAAAGAUGGAGCCUGAACAGUAUGUACGUCUAAAUGUACAAGUUGGUGAGGACUCAGCAGCUGGAUGCUGCUCAAGCAAAAAGUACUAUGUUUUAUCUUAUAUCAUGAGUGGCAAGGAGAGUCCACAAUGGAACAUUGUCCCCGUUAAAGGUGAAUUUAGAGUGGAAUUCAGAGCCACUGGACAAGGAACGCUGUAUGGUCAUAGUUCAGAUCCUUUCUCCCAGUUAGUCAAACAACAUAUGGAAAAAAACACCCAGAAAUCCACCAAAGACGUCUACCAAGUGAGGAUUGAACAGAGGUCUGGGUUUGACCUUCGCCGUUACUUUCACUAGCACCAAGGAAGCCAUGGAAGCCGUCACAAGAGUAAAACCCUUUGAACAGUAUAGUGUAUUGUCAUUCAACUUCAACGUUAUGUUUGAAUAGCGAAUGGUGAUGUUGAGUGAUACGGACAUGAGAUUGUCUCACAGGAGAGAAACAUUGUGUUUAAACUACACCCAAGCAAAACCCUUUCACCAUAUAGUAAAACAACAGUAAUUGUCUGAAACAUAGUUAGUUAAACUAAAAUAUUUCAUGUGUAUGUCUAUGAUAUAUUUGCAAUGUUUGCGUUGGUGAUUUAGUAUUCAGUAUUAUGCGAUACUUUAAUGCAUCGUUAUCACAUAUAUACAAUGGAUUGCUUUGUGGUUAUCUGAAGUCAAGUAGUGUCUUUUUCUCCAGGUUAUAUUUUCUUAAUUUGUCUAAAGUAUCUCUGAAAUUGUUGAAAUUUAGUUACUAAAUCCUGUACUCGUCCUGUUCUGCUUCUCUCUUGAACAUUGGGGUUGUAUGCCAUGUCACAUCAGAUGUGGCCAAGUGUUUAUUUCAGUCCGACCUGUGGGCAGCUAUGAACACACAAUGCCAUUGAGCAGCUGUUGUCCACAGGCGGAGGAUGUUAUAAGGUCGAACAUGGCUUACAAGAACCUUAUUGUAUUCACACAAAAUGCCGCCGUAUUGAAAGUUUUGCUGAUUUACUGGAAAGAGAUACUCAAUUUGCAAGCAGACUGUAGCGAAUUUAAGAGAUAAGGAUAGGAAUCGAGUCAGUCGAUGCUUCCUCCAGUCAUUGAAUCAUCGGAUGACCAAACACAAGCGACCAUUGUCUGAUCUGUUUCUUAACAAAUCACAAUGGACGUUCAGAGCACUUGGUAGGUACGGCAGGCUCGAACAGCUAAGAAAGGUGUAAUUGAUAAGAUCGGCAGCUUAGGUAGUGUGCUUUUUCCAAAUCGAUUCGAAGCUCAGUUGACUCCAGAUGUCCAUUCUUGAAAUAGCCAUGGCUGUCUAUUUGGUUGUGAAAUCGGCGACAAAACUAAUGUUCAAUAAAAGCUGUGUCAGUCUCAA